CUGGAGUUGCUGAACGGCCGAGGCCACCGGUUUCAGGUCACAUUAGGGAGUCGUUUUAGUAGCAGAUGUAAAGAUUCUCCCCUUUGAGUGGGUAUCACACAAGGUCAGUCAGCAAAUCCUGCUCUAAAAAUAGAUGCCAGUUUCAAAGUUGGCAAAGAUUUCCUUUGCCGUCCCUGUCACACUCCGAAGAUCCACGCUACCUACAGCUCCUGGAUAAAGUCACAGGGGUGCACCUGGCAUCUUCAUUAGACAGCUUUCGGGGAAUGUUGAAGACACACCUCUUUUCCCAGGCCCUUGACCCUUGAGAUGGGCAUUUUUAGGACCCACCUUAUUUCUGUGAUUGUUUUUGGAUUUUGUUUCCUCCAUCAUCCAUCAAGCUCUUCAAUGGCCCUGAAAUCUGGGAAGAUCAGUGCUUACGCAGCCGUCAAAGUAGACCCCAAUGGGGACUACUGCACCCCUGGAGCGUUUGACCUGGAAAGGCUCUUCUGGAAAGGCAGCCCAAAGUACACCCACGUCAACGAAGUCUGGCCCAACCUCUACAUAGGAGAUGAGAAAACAGCCCUGGAUCGCUACAGCCUUGAGAAAGCCGGCUUCACCCACAUCCUCAACGCAGCCCAUGGCCGGUGGAACGUCGAUACGGGACCAGAAUACUACAGGGACAUGGACAUCGAGUACCACGGGGUGGAGGCAGAUGAUCUGCCCACCUUCAAUCUUAGCCAGUUCUUUUACUCUGCUGCUGAAUUCAUAGAUAGAGCACUCCGGAAUGAAACGAGCAAGAUUUUGGUCCACUGUGCCAUGGGUCGGAGCCGCUCAGCUGCCUUGGUCUUGGCAUAUCUGAUGAUUUACAAGAACAUGACUGUGGUUGAUGCCAUUGAUCAAGUGCUCAAGCACCGGUGCAUUCUCCCAAACCGUGGCUUCCUGAAACAGCUCAGAGAACUGGACAUAAAGCUGGCCCUGGAGAGGAGCAAAGCCACAAACGGGAUGGAGUGUAACCAAGAGACCAGCACAGAGACGGAGAUCUAACAUUCCCUAUUUUCUAGAAAAGAAUUGGUUUUAAAAAGAAAUGGGAAACUUGAAAACAAUUAGGCAAAGGGAGUCAUUUGUUACCAAGUAAAGCUGGGGGAGUAGGGGCGGGGAAGAGAGUCAGUAGCACUUCAAAUGCCUUAAGCGUAUUUUCAGCUUGAAAAUGCACUAACAUGGUAGGAGGUCUUCAAAGAAACUUGAAUAGGAACUUGAAAUACACAGAGAAGGCUUCCUU